AUGAAUCUGGUUCUGUGUACUAACAUUUUUAAGUAUCACCUGGUGUAUAUACUCACUUUUCAUGUGUUCUUGGCUGGAGGAAUAUAUCGAAUUGUUGGGGGACGUGAGUCCAGACCGCACUCCAGACCCUACAUAGCAUCUGUACAAGACAGGGGUGGUCAUUUUUGCGGGGGAGCCCUAAUCCAGUGUAAAUGGGUGCUUACUGCAGCACAUUGCAUGGAAUCCAGGUCUGUAAACUCAAUCCGUGUGGUACUUGGUGCACAUAAGCUUGAUGCUCCAGAACAAUAUGUUCAGGUGUUCAGUGUCCGGAGAUCCAUUCAACACCCAAAGUACAACAGGACUUUCUUUGUGAACGAUAUCCAGCUGCUGAAGCUGAAUGAAUCUGCCAUUAUCAGUAUAGGUGUAAGACCCAUCAGACUUCCAUGUAAAACCUCAACCUUGACUCCCAGAACAACAUGCACAGUGGCUGGAUGGGGUCGCGUGAGUGAUUUGGGAGUCAAACCACCAGCUCUGAUGGAAGCAGACGUCAGAGUGAUAAGCCAGGAGACAUGCAGAAAGUCUUGGAAUGGCAUUUUCAGCAGUAUGAUGUGUACGGCCACCCCUGGCAAGGUUAAGGGCUCCUGCAGGGGUGACUCAGGUGGACCUCUUGUGUGUAGAAAUCGCAUGGAAGGACUGGUAUCGUUCUCUGGAAAAUAUUGUGGGAAUCCUGUCUCCCCGGAUGUGUACACUAGUGUCUCAUUUUUCUUGCCAUGGAUCCUAGAAGUGAUUCAAAGAUCUUGAUGGUGAAUCAAUUGUGUUGGAGCACAAAACCUGAGAAAAUAAACCCUAAAUGUUA